UGCUCUCUUCUUGCAGAUCUGCCACUCAGAGAAAUAAGAAAUGGCGACAACAGCACACUUCUCGGAGGAGGAGAUGGCAGAGCUACGAGAGGCUUUCGGCAAAGUCGAUAUCAGUGGAAAUGGCUUCAUCCAUGCCAAUGAUUUAACAGAUGUGUUGAAGGCAGCCAAUCUCCCUCUUCCAGGAUAUAAAGCCAGAGAACUCAUUCAGAAUUUGACAACCACAGGGAAUGGCAGAAUCAGUUUCAAUGAAUUUAUUUCAAUUUUCCAAAACCUGAAGAGUGAUGAUGUUGCUAAGUCGUUCCGAAAACAAAUCAACAAAAAAGAGGGGAUUUGUGCUAUUGGUGGAACGUCAGAGCAGUCCAGUGCCGGCACACAGCACUCUUACUCAGAGGAAGAAAAGUAUGCCUUUGUCAACUGGAUUAAUAAAGCGCUGGAGAAGGACCCUGACUGUAAACACGUGGUCCCGAUGAAUCCAGAAACAGAUGACCUCUUCCAGGCAGUCGGAGAUGGCAUAGUGCUUUGUAAGAUGAUCAACUUUUCAGUGCCAGAUACCAUCGAUGAGAGAACAAUCAACAAAAAGAAGCUCACACCCUUCACGAUACAGGAAAAUCUGAACCUGGCCCUGAACUCUGCUUCAGCCAUUGGGUGCCAUGUUGUUAACAUUGGAGCUGAAGACUUAAAAGAAGGGAAACCUUACCUGGUUUUGGGUCUUUUAUGGCAAGUCAUCAAAACUUUGAUCGCUCUUCUGAGAGAAGGAGAGAGCCUGGAGGAUCUGAUGAAAUUGUCUCCAGAGGAACUGCUGCUGAGGUGGGCAAACUAUCAUCUGGAGAAUGCAGGAUGCAACAAAGUCAGCAACUUCAGCUCAGACAUCAAGCAGCCUGACUUCUAUAGCAUUAUAAAGGACUCAAGAGCUUAUUACCAUUUGCUGAACCAAGUUGCUCCCAAGGGAGAUGAAGAAGGCAUUCCAGCUAUUACUAUUGACAUGUCAGGAUUAAGGGAGAAAGACGAUGUCCAGCGAGCGGAAUGCAUGCUGCAGCAGGCGGCCUGCCGGCAGUUCGUCACAGCCACCGACGUUGUCCGGGGGAACCCAAAGCUAAACUUGGCCUUCAUCGCCAACUUGUUUAACAAAUACCCUGCCCUGCAUAAGCCAGAGAACCAGGACAUCGACUGGAGCUCUAUUGAAGGUGAGACAAGGGAAGAGAGGACGUUCAGGAACUGGAUGAACUCCCUGGGUGUUAAUCCACGUGUAAAUCACUUAUAUAGUGACCUGUCAGAUGCCCUGGUUAUCUUCCAGCUCUAUGAAAAGAUCAAAGUGCCAGUAGACUGGAACAGAGUGAACAAACCACCAUAUCCUAAACUGGGUGGCAACAUGAAGAAGCUUGAAAACUGCAACUAUGCAGUGGAACUGGGAAAGAAUCAAGCCAAAUUUUCCCUUGUUGGCAUUGCUGGGCAAGAUCUGAAUGAAGGAAACCGUACGCUCACACUGGCCUUAAUCUGGCAGUUGAUGAGAAGGUACACCCUGAACAUCCUUGAAGACAUUGGUGGUGGAGAGAAGGUCAAUGAUGAAAUCAUUAUCAGCUGGGUCAAUGAAACACUGACUGCAACUGGGAAGGAUUCAACCAUCUCCAGUUUCAAGGAUAGCAAAAUCAGCACCAGCAUGCCAGUCCUGGAUCUCAUUGAUGCCAUUCAACCAGGAUCAAUCAAAUAUGACCUCUUGAAAACAGAGGACCUGAAUGAUGAGGAGAAACUAAAUAAUGCUAAAUAUGCCAUCUCUAUGGCGAGAAAAAUUGGAGCAAGAGUCUAUGCCCUUCCAGAAGACCUGGUUGAAGUAAAACCCAAAAUGGUCAUGACAGUGUUUGCUUGCCUUAUGGGAAAAGGCAUGAAGAAAGUUUAAAGCACAAAAGACUUGUAUUGAUGCCUGGUAUUCACCCUUUUGAUUCCCUCAAACUGGAUGCUCUUCUCCGUAUAAAGGAAAUACGCAGGGUGCUCAUGCUUUUCAGGCAUGAAUGUUAUACAUGGUUCCAGAUCAUACAAAAGUUGUGUAUCCACAUGUAUCCAUGAAAUGUUUUGUUUUGAACAGUAAUACGUACUUGAUUUCUUUGCCUUAUUUUCCACUUUGCUAGAUAUAGCCAUUUCAUAUUCCUGAUUAAGUUUUCAAUAGCGAGGCUUAUACAUAUCCUUUUGUUAAUGGAGACCAGGGUUUCCUGUCAGAAGUCACAUGGCAACAUUUGUCUUGGAGCGUACAGACAGCUUUUAGGAUUAUGAAAUGUUAUAUACUGCUUCUG